AACACAUCUGACACAUGCCGCCGCGACAGCAGCGCUAUGUCGGGACAUUAAACCGUGCUGUAUGAGACAUUAGACUGUAGAUAAGUUAUUAAAAUGUCGGAAGUGUCACACAGAGCAGAGGAAGCUCCUAACUGGAUCCUCGUGCACCCAGCAUAUCAGCAAAUGAAAAGUCUGGAGGUGGAGGACAGUGCACAGGUACACGCAGCUUUCCUCGUGUACAUGGAUCUGUCUGAGGUGCGUCAGUGGAAAGAGGUGUCAUGUGUCAAGAGUCCUGAGCUGCAGGUGGUUCUGCUGGAAGGGAGGGAGAAGGAAGGAGCACCCAUCCAGACAGUUUUUCCACUGCCUACUCACCGACCUCUGAGCCACCAAAGCAUACGUCACGUGCUAGACCGAGGCUUUCCCAUGCUGCUGUGUGCCGUAGCCUCUGACUCCACCCUGGUGUACCAGAGGAUGACUGAUGGCUUGGUGACACCGGACCCUCCUACUGGUCCCUUCCAGGAUAUGGGUCGCCGGCAGCACCGGAAGAGGCGGAAGCAGCAGUGAGACGGGUCCAGCUGCAGAGCUCCAGGAUCGGGCCCAACUCAUCCAUUGGACCCUUUUAUGUCCAAAGCUUAGAGAAGGAAGUGAUGUCAGAAACUGUGUCACAGAGAUGAUAAUCCGGAUAUGAUAACAUACAUUCAUCAGUACUAGAGGGGUAUUUUUUGUAGGUGCAAAAAGUCUAUGGGAUUUUCACAAUUGAUUUUGGAUUAUAGCAGAAAAUGAACUCUGGCAAACGGAUGGUUACGAUACUCGCAUGUUUUGUUCAGCAGGAUAAUGUUCACAUAUUAAGUAAAUAAGACAACGUAAGGCUAUAAACAAACGGUCGUGGUCACAUGACUUCACGUCUCCUCCACUUAGCUAAAAGCGGCUAGUGUUUAGUGUGAUGACGUUAGUAGUCUCAUUUAGCCACUUAAUAGCAACCGCCGUUGUGAAGACACAAAGAAAAUGACUCGUACCUGCACCACUAUAUAAGCCACACAACCUCUACCAAUAACAAGGUUAACAAUACAUUCUGUUCUAAGUUAUGUAAUGUUAAGUAGCAAAAACUUGAGCUAACCUUAUGAGUUGGCUCACGUUCGCUAACUAUGCUAAUGGUGAUGUCUGCUGAAAUAUUUAAAUUCUUUGCUCUUUGUUCCUGUUGUGCUAACUUUCAAUUAAUUUGCAAAUGACAUUAGCAUAGCUAGAAAUCUCCUAGGGUUAGCAUAGGUUAUUUGUUGCUUUGUGUGACUUCUUUUUUUAAGCUACAGUUGUACCAAAUAUUAAGGUUGUAAUGUUUAUCUUUGUAUUAUAAGGGGAAGUUGUGUGGCAUAGACAUGAUGUAUUAAAUAUAAACUCAGUAGGCUACUUUAAUGAAUCCCCAAUUAACGGGAUAAAGAAACUACUGCACAAUAUAAUACAGUGGCAAGUGAAUGUUAAUUAUUGAUAAUGAAUCGCGAUAAAACACAAAGGAUUUUCCACCUUACCACACACUGAGUUUCCACCACCAGUAUCAAUGCCAAGGUGGGCCAGAGCCUGGAGCUUCGCAGGGGGAUGCUAUCAGAAGCACUGACCGGCUGGAGUGAGAAGACACUUUGGUGCUUUGUACGAAUAAAGAAGAGCAGAAUUGGACAGAGACACUGUAAGCCGCUCUUAAAAAAAAGGUGUACUGAUAACAUGUCAGCAGAGCAACAUGGACACAAAUGCAUCUCUAGGAAACCUUUAGUUACAUCCUACUAGGGGAAACAGACAGACGAGACAUGCCAUGUUUGAGAGAUUAGUUGACUGGGUGCUUCUUCAAUGGAACCAAGGAUAUUUAAACCAUUGUUUAACGCAGCAAUUCAGUUAAUUUGAAUCAUACUAAAACCGGCUGAGCUACAGUGAGUAUAUUGUCGACAAAAUGAUUCAUCUGGCAGGAGUGAGACAAUACUGUAAGCUGUAUGGAUAACUUACUGAAAACACUUUUUAUUUUCUAAAAAAACAAAAGUUCAACAUAGAAACACAACAUAUUACUGGUGAGCGAAAUACAUAAUCAGACUUGUAUGUGAUGAAGCAGUGUCCACCCUGUAGGUAUAACACGGGACGGAUACUGAAGCAGGGGACAUGGAAGACCCUGCUGUGUGAGUGCACGAGUGUCUGCUCAAACAGUGUCUUUAUGAGAGGAAGGACUUGACCACUUGAGACAAAGAUUACAACACUUCAACCCUGAGCCUUAUUCAACAUAGAUUCUCUACAUCAUAGCAGAAAACAGACAUGGACAGACGCUACGAAAAUGGUUGCGUCCAGAAAUAAGGAGUAAAUGAGAAAAUGUUUUUGUUUUUGCUUUUCAAGAAUAAAGUAGCAAAUGUUGAGAAUAAUUGUCCAACUGAGAAAAUAUCUAACCACUAGCGUUA